AACCGCGCAUAAAAGUUGUUUUCCGCUAGGUUGGUAUUCAUAACAGCUUGUGUGUAUACUGCGCGGACCACAAAGUGACAAAGCAAUCUAAUGAUAACGGGCGCCUUUAGCAAUGCUGGCUGGUGUGUAGGCUAACUCCUCGCCUCCCCCUACCUGACUGACAGCCUGACAGAUCGAGCGAGUUUCCGCAAUGAAUCCGCAAGUCCAUUGACUUGGUCUGGCACUGGCGAACGGGUGAUAAAAACGCGAUUCUAAAACGGGUUGUGACAUGAUACUUGGCGACUCAGCUUUGAGGCUCAACAAGGGAGCACUAUUUCUCUGAACAAAAGAAAAUACACAAAUAUGUGCAUUUAGAGAAAAGGAAAUGUAAAAAUAUUUGUUAUCUAAUAUAUGGUUAGACUUUUAAAAGGGAAAUUAUUCUUAAUUAUAAAAUCCGCUCACAUUGUGCACAUUUAUUAUUUAGUAAAACUAAAUAGCGCCUCAAUCACAAACCGGAAUCCGUACUUGUCACGUGAUCAUAAUAAUCGGAGCGCUCUCGAUGAAUAGCGUUUCCAAUAAAAACAUGCGUCGAGACAAGUUGGCGACCAGCGCAUAGUCUCGGGGGUCAGUUCUAGACUUACACAUGUACUUUCGGAAAGAAAAAAAAAGUAGCACACUAGAGUAGCACAGCAAAUGGAUAGUAUACCAUCGAGACAGACUGAUGGAUGCGAACGAGCAGGAGUAAAAAUUCGAGAGACAAGUUGUUUUUGUUUUAGUUUUAGUUUUAGCAGGAGGUUCGCGUGUCAACUUUCACGACGAUCAGUCAGCAGGUCCUUACUUCCAGUGUAUUGGCACAGGUUCUGAAGGAAGGCAUCAUGAACCCCUCGCUUAUUUUCAUGGAGAACCUUGAAUCUCAUGGCUAAGAUAUAGGCCUAGAAAGGAUGCAUUUGAGAAAGGAGGACACUUUGCGAAUCAGAUUAUAAUGGAGUUGUCAGCUUUGUAUACGCGCCGUCUGUCUGGCAGUAGCAGUCGUAACAGUUUCAAUGAAGACGCCCUGGAGCAGUUGGAGUUUAACAUCAAUGACAUCAGUCGAGCCUCAAGUCCUGCCAGUGUUACAAGUGUCAGCGCACGCUCAGAAGGCCAUGGGUCGGGAUUCCGCGAGCGGCGACAUCGCAACUCUGCUCGAGGAGAUGAUGACUACUUGUAUCGCAAAAAGUUCACGAAGAUAAAAGGAGAACUGGAACUAGAGAGAAUCAAAGCGCGACAACUUCAGCACGAGAGAGUGGAAGAAAUGAGGAAGUUGAGGGAGGCCUUCGAGAACGACAAAAAGUUGGAGAUGGUUUCUUUGCAACAUCGCCUCGAGGAGGAAAAGAAAAAAGAGUUAGUGAAGCUGAAGGAAGACUUGAUCAAACAGAAAGAUUUUGAGCUGCAGCAAGUUCUUAUGUACAAAGAAAGUGAGAGAAAACAGCAAGUGAGUACGAAACCAGAUGGACAGAAGGAGAAAUGGAAGGAGGAAGAAGAGCAGAAAGUGGAGGAGAGAGGGGCGGUGGAAGCGGAGGAGGAGGAGGAGGAGCAAGCGGGAAGGAAUGAUGGAGAUAACGAUGUAGCCACCGUGAGCGAAAAGACGAUUAACGUGAAAGAUUCUGUGCAGGACAGAAGAAAAUCUAGUCUGGACCGAAAGACUGGGGACCAUGUUAGUAGUAAGACUGUCGAUACGGGUAUUGUCAAAGACGGUGGGUCCAGUUAUGAUGGCGGUGGUGGUGGUGGGUCAGAGAAGCAGCCCACGAAGGAGAUCGGUGAUCAUAAAGUGGGAAGAAACUCUGCUCGCAGUUCUUCUCACGUUGACAAGGGCGAUAACUCAGGCAGGAGAAGCCGGAGGGGUAGCGCGGUCAGCAGGUCCACCGAGAAAAGUGAGAAGCAUGAUGUCGGAACCACCACCACUACCACCACUACAGAGUCUUCCAAUCUAAACGCCAGUGAUCUUGCCAGUGACAACACAACGACAACGAAAUCUCGCCAGAGUUCAAAGGUUAAAGAUUCAAAAUCGAGCACGGCUGCUCGUGCAAGUGCUAGAGACGUGAAAGAGAUAGAAGAUAAAGAUAAAGGUGAUGAUGAUCGAAGUUGUGUCGAGGAUGUUUCUGAUCAUCAUCAGACACGGAGGUCAGCGGAGAAAGUUGCUCAGUCCAAGGCGGAUGACGUUGAGAAACGACAGCAGCUGAGCCGGGAAUACGAAGAGAUGGUCAAACGUUUGGAGCAGGAGAAGGCUUUGCUCCUCCGCCAGAAAGAAGAGGCUCAGAGGACGCUGGACUCCAAGUGCAAGGAGCACAAGGUCAGAGAGGAGGAGUUUUACAGGCUGAAGGAAGGAUACGAAAGAGAACUGCGAACUGUGAUAAACGAACAUAAAAAGGUUGCCCUUGGGAAUAUAGAGAAGCUGAAGCUGGCGGAGACAGCGUUGAAGGAAGCGACCAUGUCGGACGAGGAGAUAGCCAACCUGUCGCAGCGACACGAGAGACAGCGGAGGUUGUCUUCCUCCUCUCUGCCAGC